AUGUCUUUCUUCCUUCGCCUCUCGCUGUUCCUGGCCUUCAUUAUUGCAUUCGUCCUUGUCCUCCAAUCCAGGAGCGUCGAUCUGACCCCCUUACCGACUGAGAUGUCUCAAUAUGACGAGGACGAGAUCAUAUCCUUGAUCACGAAUCUGUACUUCGUACUUAUCCGUCUCGGCCACUAUGAGGACAAUGAGAUACGCUUCGCACCACCGGGAGGCUUCGCGAUCGAUCCGUCGCAAGCCGGCAACUUCAGCCCUAUCAGUGCUCCGGCUCAGUCACUGAUGAGGCGCCUCCCUCAUGCGCCUUCGCACAAAGCCAUCGGCAUGGCUAUGAGGCCAGUCAACUACGACGAGCCGGAGGAACUCGCACGCAGUCGUGACAUAGACAAGCUUUCGUACAAUCACCCACAUCACCGGGAUGGCUGGGCAAGGCCAAGUAUGAUCCUACUCGCCGAAGGCCAAGACGACAUACAUCCUCAAGUAGUGCUUGACACAGCCGACGGCACAAUCCAUGAGAUAGGUGACGAACUGGAUGACGGCGACAAUAGACAAGAAGUGGACUCCCAGGGCGGCGACCUCUUAGAUCGUUAUCUGAACUGGCCGAGAGUGGACGCACAAGUCUAUCUCCGACGUAUGACUUAG